AUGUCUUCCUCCAUCAAAAUUGAGUCUGUUGUGAAGGAGAAGAACCGGAUGGGAGAGUGCCCAGUCUGGGAAGAAAGGGAGAAUGCACUUGUCUACGUAGACAUCAACUCACAGAAAGUUUGCCGCUGGAGCCCAGUCACCAAUGAGGUGCAGAGCGUGUCUGUGGAUGCCCGUGUCGGCUCGGUGGCUCUACGGCAGUGUGGGGGCUAUGUCAUCGCCCUGGGGACCAGGUUUGCCUUCCUGGACUGGGACACCCAGGCACUCACCACCAUCCUUGAGCUCGAGCAGGAUAAACCCAACAACAGGUUCAAUGAUGGGAAAGUGGAUCCAAAGGGGAGGUUUUUUGCUGGUACGAUGGCUGAAGAGACAGCACCAGGGGUCCGAGCGAGGCGGCAAGGAGCUCUCUACACCCUCUUCCCUGACCAUUCAGUAAUAAAACAGCUAGACCAGUUGGACAUCUCCAAUGGUCUGGAUUGGUCCCUGGACCACAGGACCUUCUUCCACAUUGACAGCCUGUCAUACGCUGUCCAUGCCUUCAGCUAUGAUGUGCACACUGGAAAGAUUGCCUGCCCCAAGCUUUUGUACCAUCUGGAAAAGGAGGAGCAAAUGCCUGACGGGAUGUGCAUAGAUGUAGAAGGGAAGCUCUGGGUGGCCUGUAUUGAUGGCGGCAGAGUCAUUCGCAUCGACCCAGAGACAGGCAAAAGAAUCCAAACUGUGAGGCUUCCUACUCCAAGGAUCACCUCUUGCUGCUUUGGUGGAAAAGACUACUCAGAAAUGUAUGUGACUUCUGCAUACGAUGGACUGGACGAGGCCACCUUAGCCAAGGAACCUCAUGCAGGAGAGAUUUUCAAGAUAACAGGCCUGGGUGUGAAAGGGAUCCCACAGAAUUUCUAUGCUGCUUGA